AUGAAUUCAGAUGAGGAGUUAACUGAUGAAGGAAAAAGGAGGAGAGAAGAUGAUGAAUAUUACUCCAGGAGAUCAAAAAAAACACUGAGAACCCCACAAAAAAGAGAAGAAGAAAACACAAGUAGAAUCGAUCAAACGAUGAAAAUGAUGAAAGAAUUAGAAUUGGAUGUAAAAGACAUAAAAAAGAACAAUAUAGAUCACGAGACGAAAUUACGCAACUAA